AUGAAGUUAUUCGUUCUAUCGGUUCUCGCCAGCGUUGCAACGCUUCAAGCUAGUCCCCUGUUUGGGCUGCCCAUACCAAAUCCGUUUGCAGUAGCCAAUGCAGCUUUGGGUAACGUUCUGGGUCAUAGAGGGGGCUUGGGUGCUUCCAGACAGGGCAGUGGCAUUGUUAAAUCAGGAAAUUUUGCCGGAGAGAAUUAUAAUGGUGGUGCUAGUGGUGCUGCUGGAUCAGAAGCGCAUAAUGUUGGAGGCAGCAGUUACCAUAACGUUGGACAGCAUCACAAUAAAGUUACAAAGGUUACUACUGUUGAAAAUGAUGGCAGCCAUAACAUAGGAGGAUCAAACUUCCACAAUCAAGGUGCCCAGGCUAACAGUCAGUUCAAUAAAAACCAGAACAGCGCGGCUGCCCAAGGUAAUAGCUUGACCAAUGCUGGUCAAGGCAGCAGUAGCGUUGGUUUGGGUGGUUUAGGAGGGGCCGCUCAACAGGGCAGUAACUACCUGGACUCCCAAAACUUUGCCAAUCAAAAUCAAGGAUCCAGUGCUGGCGGUACAGCGGGACAAUCAGCGCACAACGUCGGCGGCGGUGGAUACCACAAUGUCGGCCAGCACCAUAAUAAAGUUACCUCAGUCACUACAAGUGAAGAUGAGGGAAGCCACAAUGUAGGUGGAUCAAAUUUCCAUAAUGUCGGAGCCCAAGCUCAUAACCAAUUCAACAAGGGACAUCACGGUGCAUCAGCUACUGGGAACAGUUUGACUUCGGCCGGACAAGGAAGCCAAGUAGUUGGAAAUGGAUUAGGAUUGGGAAAUGGAUUAGGAUUAGGAAAUGGAUUAGGAAUAGGAUAUGACUCUCCCUUAAUGCGGGAAGCUGACGAAAUUGGCGUCGGUAAUGGCCUAGAUGCUGCUUCUGCAGCCAACGCGCUUGGAAAUGGACUAGCUACCGGCGCUGCUUUAGGUGCAGAUGCUGCUUACGGAGGAGCAAAUGCUAUCGGGAACGGAAUAGCCACCGGUGCUGCUUUAGGUGCAGAUGCUGCUUACGGAGGAGCUAACGCUAUCGGGAACGGAAUAGCCACCGGUGCUGCUUUAGGUGCAGAUGCUGCUUACAAAGGAGCUAAUGCUAUCGGGAACGGAAUAGCCACUGGUGCUGAAUUAGGGGCUGAUGCUGCUGCUGCGGGAGCUAACGCUAUUGGCAACGGUAUCGCUACCGGCGCUGCUUUAGGUGCAGAUGCUGCUUACAGAGGAGCAAAUGCUAUCGGGAACGGAAUAGCAACUGGUGCUGCAUUAGGCGCUGAUGCUGCAGCUGCAGGAGCUAACGCCAUCGGUAACGGAAUUGCGACAGGCGCUGCUCUAGGCGCGAAUGCUGCUUACAGAGGAGCAAAUGCUAUCGGGAACGGAAUAGCCACUGGUGCUGCAUUAGGCGCUAAUGCUGCUGCUGCAGGAGCUAACGCCAUUGGUAACGGAAUAGCUACAGGAGCUACUGUGGGUGCGAAUGCUGCUGCAGCAGGUGCCAACGCAAUUGGUAAUGGGAUAGCUACAGGUGCAGCUUUAGGAGCUAAUGCUGCUGCUAACGUUAUUGGCAACGGAAUCGCUACCGCUUCGGCUGGAGCUAAUGUUAUCGGAAAUGGACUUGCUAGUGCAGCCAACGCACUUGGAUCUGGUCUGUUCGGUAGACAAAACUGGUUGUGA